AUGUGCGGCAUCUUCUUCUCGCUCUGCCGUGGCCACUCAGUAUCACCAGAUGCUGGCACUGCUCGUCUGUUGCAAGACCGCGGCCCGGACAGCUUUGGCACGCGUCAGAUAGCCGUGCAUGCGCACAACAACAAUGAUCUCUCGUAUCAAGCUACUUUCGUAUCCACAGUACUCUCGCUGAGAGGCACCACCAUUACCAAACAGCCUCUUAUUGACGAGGCAUCGGGAUCGGUACUCUGUUGGAACGGUGAGGCCUGGAAGUUCGCGGGUCAGCCUGUGUCUGGCAGCGACUCGCAGCUCGUCUUCCAAAACCUCCUUGAGGCUAGUGCAAAAGGUUCUACUGGAAGAGACCUUGCGCAAAGACAGGUCGUCAAUGUUCUCUCCUCAACUGGAGGUCCAUAUGCUUUUGUAUUCUACGAUGCCAGAAAUCGGUACAUUUACUAUGGUCGCGACUGCCUUGGACGACGCUCGCUUCUCAAGAAAGACGCUUCAAAUGACGAAUUAGUUCUAUCCAGCGUCUGCGAUAACUCUACAGGGGAGGGUUGGACCGAGAAUGUUCCAUUUCCUCAAAUGAACGUGAGGUUACCACCAUCAGAUCAUGGCCCAACCCUGCCGGUCGUCAACCAGCUGAAAGAGUCCCUGAGUAGCUCGCUCGCGCUGCGAGUGCAGCAUGUGAGGGAAGCGAACAACUUAGCGUAUGGUGAAUAUCACUCGAUGCACGAAGCUAGAGUCGCCAUACUGUUCUCCGGAGGUCUCGAUUGCACGCUUUUGGCAAGAUUAGCUCAUGAGCUCAUGCCACUCGGACAAAGCAUCGAUCUCUUGAACGUAGCUUUUGAGAACCCGCGCAUUCAUAGCAAACUGGGACCGGACGAGUCACCCUAUGAGCUAUGUCCGGAUCGGAUCACGGGGAGAACAUCGUAUGCCGAGCUAACCCAGGUCUGCCCCGGUCGCACCUGGCGUUUCGUGGAGGUCAACGUUCCUUACAGCCAGACCCUAGCCCAUCGGCACGAAGUUAUGACCCUGAUGCAUCCGCACAAUACUGAGAUGGAUCUUUCCAUCUCCUAUGCGCUUUACUUCGCGUCACGCGGAUCCGGCCUUGUACGCGAGUCGCAACACACAGCCGCACCAUAUGUCACCUCCGCCCAUGUCCUUCUGUCUGGUCUUGGUGCCGAUGAACUUUUUGGUGGUUAUGGGCGCCACGCUGUUGCAUUCGCUCGGGAAGGGUACAUUGGCCUGGUAGCCGAGCUGAAUCUCGAUUUUGACCGCAUCGGAAAGCGCAAUCUUGGGCGCGAUGAUCGGGUAAUCAGUGACUCCGGGAAAGAAGUUCGUUUUCCUUUUCUCGACGAAGCUUUCAUCGCCUUCGUCCUCUGUCUCCCUGUUACCUCGAAGUGCGACUUCGCCACACCGCAAGACCAGACCUCAGACGACCCAGCUAAGCUUUUGGAACCUGGGAAGCGUCUGUUGAGGAUGCUCGCAUGGCACCUCGGUAUGAAGGGCGUGGCAGCGGAGAAAAAGCGUGCAAUCCAAUUUGGCUCGAGAACUGCGAAGAUGGAAACAGGCAAGACGAAGGGAACGCAUGUGUUGACUUAA